AGCUGUUUUUGGCUCGGCGUUGGCCGCAGUAGGAAAAUGGAUGACGUCGCCAGCGCGCAAAGUGAAAAUGAAAAUUUGCGUAAAAUUCGUAACCGUCUAAUGCAAUGGGAAUCCAAAACCGAUCCACUGGCAGCGCUAAGCGCACAGCAAGAGGAACACUUGGAUGUGCUCACAAAUUUGUGGCACGACGACGAAACUGUGGCAACGUUGUCGUCCACACCCACAAAAGCGUCCAAGCCAACGGAGUGCAGCUCUGAGGUGGACAUAAAGCUGCCAGAGGGAGGCCUGCAGAACACAAACGAUUUUCUGCUCUGGUUUGUGAACGUCAACACGGAGAUCGAGCGACGUGGCGACGCCAAUUACCACAAGUAUCUGCAACAGUUGGAGCAACGCAAGUCGGAAUGUGCUCAUAUGCUUGAACAAAUCUCUGUAGCCAUGGAGCGGCUGGGUGCGCUUAGCGCUGAGUACGAGUUUGUCUCGCAGAAGACCAGCGCUCUCAACACGGCCAGCGAGCAGUUAAUCGAUGAGCAGCAGAAGCUCCAGGAGCUAAGCAACGAAAUCCAACGAAGACUUCAUUUCUUCAGUCAGGUGGAGCUGCUAAAUCAGCGCCUGCAAAGCCCCACGUUGUCCGUGGCCAGUGAAGCUUUCCGCGAGUGUCUCAAUAAAAUCGACGAAUGCUUGAAUUAUCUAGCGGAUCAUCCCAACUUCAAGGACGCUGCUGCCUACAAUGUCAAGUACAAGCAGUGCCUGUCCAAGGCAACGGGCCUAGUGCGCAACUAUGUGGUUAAUGUCAUCAACCAGGCCACGGAGGCGACACUGCAUCCGCGCAACAGCAGUGGCGAUGCCGGUUCGCUGCAAGCACCCGAUGCCGCAUUUGCACUCUACUAUGGCAAAUAUCAGACAGCAGCGGCUAAAGUGAAGCGCGUUGCACAGCUUAUCGAAUCGCGCCUUGAUCACAGCAGCAGCAGCGAAUAUGUCCAGCUAAUGACAGAUCUGCAGCAGCAUUAUCUGGCACAGCGCGCCAGUGUCAUGUCACCUGCCGUCAAUCAGUCCAUACAGAAUGUGAAGAAUGCUCACAAGGGCGAUCACUGUUCGCUAACGCGCAGUGCAUGCGCCUUUCUUGUCCACGUUUGUCAGGACGAGCAACGUCUGUAUUAUCAGUUCUUCGGCACAGGCGCAGCGCAUCUGACUGUUUAUCUGGAGGGCUUGUGCACAAUUUUGUAUGAUACCUUGCGGCCGUUUAUUAUACACAUAAAUCACUUGGAAACGCUUGCAGAGAUCUGUUCCAUAUUGCGCAUCGAAAUGCUCGAAGAGCAUGUCCAACAAAAUCCCAGUGGACUGGAGGCGUUUGCGACCAUAGCUCAUCAGCUGCUGCAGGAUGUGCAGGAGCGGUUGGUAUUCCGUGCGCAUUUGUAUCUGCAAUCCGAUAUACAAAACUACAACCCUUCGACCGGCGAUUUGGCAUAUCCCGAGAAGCUGGAAAUGAUGGAGAGCAUUGCGCUGUCACUGCAAGAGCCUACUCAGCUGCGACGCUCGGAUUCUCGCGCGUCCAUGAUGUCCAGCGAAGCGGAAAGCGUGGACACCGCCUACAGAGUCAAACAGAUGAAUUCGCCCGCUGAUCUGCAUGGCAUGUGGUAUCCCACAGUGCGACGCACUUUGGUCUGUCUAUCUCGUCUGUACCGCUGCGUGGAUCGGCCCAUAUUCCAAGGUCUCUCCCAGGAGGCACUCAAAUUGUGUAUACAGAGCGUUUCCCAUGCAGCGACUAAGAUAGCCGCCGCGAAGACGCCCAUCGAUGGCGAACUUUUUGAAGUAAAGCAUUUGCUGAUAUUGCGCGAGCAAAUCGCACCGUUUCGUGUUGAUUUUACCAUAAAGGAAACCUCGUUGGACUUCAGCAAGGUGAAGACGGCAGCCUUUGGGCUGCUGCAGAAGCGCAAGCAACUGUUCUCCAUGGGCAGCAACAAUGCAUUGCUCGAAUUUCUGCUCGAGGGUACGCCACAAAUCAAGGAGCAUUUGCUGGACUCGCGCAAAGAAGUCGACCGUCAGCUGAAGACGGUGUGCGAGCAGUAUAUUAAAGAUGCAGUACACAUGCUGAUAGGUCCGCUCAUCACAUUCCUGGACAAGGCACAAGCACUGUUGGCCCACGACACCGCCAAAGCAACGAACACAACAGCGUCAGACGCGUCCUCCACGGGCAAAGUUAAUUAUGUGCUGCGGCAAAGCAGCUGGGCGAGUCCGCAGCAAAUCAGCAGCAUUAUCCAAGAGACACAGCGCCUAAUCAAGGCCAAACUGGCGGUGCUGCAGCGUGCGAUGCAACUCUACCUGAGCAAUCGUGAUACCGAGUUUAUAAUCUUUCGGCCCAUACGGAACAACAUCAUACAGGCAUUUGUUAAGCUGGAGCAACUGUUAACAACAAAUGGCUAUUCUGCGGAUGAUAUGAUCAUUACGAGCUGUCCCUCAGCAGAGCAGGUGUCCAUUUUGUUGUCCAGUGCCAGCAUAUUAGCCGCCGAAGGCGUAGCAAGCUUCGCAGCGGCAGCACGUAAAAUAAGCACAUCAUCAUCCGUAGAGGGUGCAACAGUUGGUAGAAAGCUAAGCAGCAUAUCCAACAAGGCGGAGCAAGCCCAUGUGGUUGUAGAAGAGCCCGAAGGCGAGCAGACGCCGGCAGCUAUAAGCACUCCAUUGCCAGUGGCAACAGACGCCAAGCAGAGCACAGUUUCCGGACAACCUCAAAAUGUGACUGUGGAGAAGCCAGAUAACGAGCAGCAGCCCACACAGAUAAGCUCAGCAUAGUAUACAGAAUAUGUUAUCCCUAUGUAUUCCCUAUUCCUAUGUAUGUAUUUAUAAACCUAAGCAAUUCAACAUGUAUAUUACAGUGUGUUCUAACCAAGUAGAGCUAAUAAUCGAGUCAGUUUCGACAAAUUGGGAAACAGACUCGAUUUGAAUUAUUUUUGCUAAGCAGCCUUAAGCGUGCUGAGAAUGUGACGAAGUCAACAUAAAUUAUCAACAUUAAAUAUAAAUUACAAACAAAA